AUGUCGGAAUCGCAAUAUACAAUCCUGCAAGGAUCGAGAAUCCUCGUCACCGGCGCAAAUGGUUUCAUCGGGUCCCAUAUUGUCGAUCACUUGUUAGCAUUUGGCUACAAAGUCCGGGGAACUGUUCGCCAACCGAAACCCUGGCUAAACGAGCUCUUUGACAAGAAGCACGGAGGAGGCAAAUUUGAAACAGUCUUACUGCCCAAUCUUAACGAUGCCGUUGACUGUGAUCAUAUGUUCGACCAGGUUGAAGGAAUUAUUCAUGUUGCCACAGAUGUCUCGAUGAGUCCCGAUGCAAACAAAGUCAUUACAAGUUCCGUCCAAGGUACACUUGCUAUACUGGAAGCAGCCGCGAAACACCCGAGGAUCCGGCGCGUGGUGAUAACUUCAUCGCAGAGCGCUGCAUACUUGCCUCGGGCAGAUCACCCGGGGCUCGUAACCGAAGAAACUUGGAAUGAUGCCGCCAUUGAAGCAGCCUGGGAUCAAAAUACACCCGCCGCAACCAAGCCAGUCUUUGUAUAUGCUGCAUCCAAGACAGAAGCUGAAAGAAGUGCAUUCAAAUGGGUCGAGGAUCACGGCCGACCGUUUGUGCUCAAUUCGGUACUGCCGUGCAUGACAGUUGGUAAAAUCCUCGCACCAGAAAUCAAGGGCUCGUCACAGAUCUUGAUCCGGAAAAUGCUUCAAGGAGACGAUUUCCCAAUCAAAUUUCUUCCUCCUCCCCGCCUACACAUAGCAGCUCUCCUCUCCCCAGCUAUAACCUUUGACCGAAUCUUCGCAUUUGCAACCCCGACCACCUGGUCCGAAGUCGUCCACGUUCUGCACAAGCUUUGCCCGGAAAACACGCUGAUCCCGCGAGAUCCUCUUGGUGAUAUGUCUGAAAAGCGUGAUUCGGUAGAAGUGCGUCCCGCAAAGAGAGCAAAAGAGAUCCUUGGGGAUUUUUGGGGGAGGGAGGAAUGGGUAGGACUGGAGGAGAGUAUUAAGGAUGGUAUUGCUGAUCUUCUAUGA